GAUGGGGCUGCGCGCGGGAGGAGCGCUGGGCAGGGCCGGGGCCGGGGCCGGGGAGGGCCGGGGGGUGCCCGAGGGAUCCGGGCCAAGCGGCGGCGCGCAGGGCGGCAGCAUCCACUCUGGCUGCAUCGCCGCGGUGCACAACGUGCCGCUGAGUGUGAUCAUCCGGCCGCUGCCGUCUGUGCUGGACCCGGCCAAGGUGCAGAGCCUCGUGGACACGAUCCGGCACGAGCCAGCGCAAGCACCCUGGAGGAGCUCAGCACAGGUGAACAAAAUCUUCUUUGCAAACUGUGAGGCACUGUGCCACACUCACUCGCCCUCUUCUCUCCAGGAGGAUCCAGACAGAGUGCCCCCCAUCGAUGUCCUCUGGAUCAAAGGGGCCCAGGGUGGUAACUACUUCUACUCCUUUGGGGGCUGCCACCGUUAUGCGGCCUACCAGCAGCUGCAGCGAGAGACCAUCCCUGCCAAGCUUGUCCAGUCCACCCUCUCGGACCUCAGGGUGUACCUGGGUGCUUCCACGCCGGACUUGCAAUAGCAGCCUCCUUGGAACUGGCCACCGCUCGCAAGAGCCCAGAAGACAUGCCUGGCUUCCAGUGGGCUGGGCCAGGAAGAAGGUGUAGCAGGUGCAUUCUUUUUGUGCCUGGGGAGCGGGUAUGACUUGAAGCACCCUCUUUGCUAGCUGCAAGACCUUGGGCUCAUGACUGAAUCGUGCGGGAGCCCCACUUCCCACCUUGGUGAAAACAGGGUCGUGUGUUUACUCUCAAGGGAUUAUUGAGAGGGUGAAAUGAGAAAGGAGAUGGGUUUGGAGAGCCACCUGCUGCUGACUCCAGAUUCCCAAGAACGAAGAUCUUUCUACAUCUCUGUCUUUAUGUAUCCUGUCAUGUGGAUACGUUCAGCUGCAAGUAAAGGAAAACCUCGGUUAGCGUGGCUUCAACAAAGAGAAGUUUAUUUCUCCGUAUGGCAUGAAUUCUGGAGACAGAUGGCUAAUAGUAUUGGUUUCACAACUCAGCAAAGUUAGGGCACACAUCUCUGUGAUCCUUGUGGCCUUUCCCUCAUUGUUUGUUAUUUCAUGGUCACAAGAUGGCUGCUGUAGCUCCGGCAAUCAUGGCUGUAUUCAAGGAAGAAUCGAGUUAGGGAGGAGGAAGGGCCAAGCCAGCUGGAUCUGUCAACUUCUAUUAUAAAGUGAAACCUUUCUCAGAGGUCUGUUUCCUGCUCUCUUCCCCUGUGUAUUUCCACUUAGGUCUCGGUGACUCAAAUCAGCUACAAUUGCCACCCCUAGCUGUAGAGAAAGCUCAGGUGGCAGGAAUAGAAUUGUCACAACUGAGUAGACAAAUCAUAUCCCAUCUCCUGGGACUGGGAUGCCACCUGAAAUAAAAUUGGAAUCCCACUAGCAAGAAAGAAAUGAGGAAUUGGGGAUCAGUUGGCCUUUGCUGUGCAACAAUUCCAGAACUUAGCAGCUAAAAGCAAGUUGUUGAUUUGCCUACAAUCCUGGGGGUUGGCAAUUUGGGCUGGGCUCGUCGGGCCAGUUCUGCUGAUCUUACCCAGGGUUACUCAUGGGGCUGCAUGCAGUCACUUGUCACCCCAGAUGGGGCUGGAUGGCCUCGGAUAGGCUUACUCACUUGUCUGGCAGUAGGGAGGCUGUUGCCUGGGUGACUUGGUUCUCCUCCAUGUAGCCUCUCCAGCAGGUUAGCUCAGGCUUAUUCGCCUGAUCACCUCAGGGCUCAGAGAGAGAGAGAAGAAGCAGCUGCAAGGCUUUUUUGAGUUCUGGGUCAGAAUUGGUGCAGCAUCACUUCUGCUGAGUCCUUUUGGUCAGAGCAAAUCAAAAGUUUGGCCCAGAUUCAAGGGCUGGGAAAAACAGACUACACCUCUUGGAGAAACUACAAAGGAUUUGUGGCAUUUUUUUCCCAUCAAUCAUGAGUGAUUUUGUAUAAGCAGAUAAUACUGCUUCUCUCUCACUCAGUCUCUCUCUCUCUUGCCAGGACCUUGCUCUGUCCAGGCUGAAGUCACUAUGACACUGGGCUGGCCCUGCAGAGGGGAGGAGGUGAAGAGGCAGCAGGAGGAUCUCUCCCAGGGCUGAGCUCACUCUGGGAGGGGGCAUCUCUCACUGUCUGUACUGGUGGGUAGGCCAGGUGGGACACUGCAGAGGGGCUUCUGAAAUCCUCAAGUCUUGGGGGAAAGGGAAGAGGUAGAGAAAGGGCUCAGAGUGAGGCAGGCCUUGCUCUCACUGCCCUGCUAAGAGAACUCAGUCCCUUGGAAUUUUCAAACCUCAGUUUCCCAGCUCACUAAUGAAGACAACAGCUUUCCCACCCAUUCUCUGUCCCAGGGAAAGAAGAUUGAGGUGACGAAUGGAAUUUAAAGGGAUGUUGUCCUAAACAAGAGUGUGAUUUCCUGGAUUGGAUCUUGGAACAACAACAAAAAAGAAUAUUCCUGGAAAAACUGGAAAUCUGAAUAAGGUCUGGAUCUUAGUUAAUACUAAUGUUGACAUUGGGGUAGGCUGGGUGCAGAGUAUAUGGGAACUGUGUAUUCUGUUUGCAACUUUUCUGUAAAUUGAAAAUCAUUCCCAAAUAAAAGUAUAUUUAAUAGAAA